AUGCCUGUUUCGUUGUUAAAGGAGAAAAUUGCAAAUGAAAUUGGUCUUCCAGUUGGUCAGCAACGGCUGAUUUUUAGAGGAAAAGUCUUAAAGGACGAGCAUGUGCUAUCUGAGUAUCAUAUCGAGAAUGGGCAUACCUUGCAUCUAGUUGAAAGGCAACCAAAUCAGUCACAGGCUUCUGGUAAUAGUACUGCUGAGCCAGCUGGUGCUAAUGGUAAUGCAGGAAAUGAUGCAGCCUCCGUGCCUCCUCGUAACCGUGUUGGACAAAUUUCACACAGUGUUGUUCUUGGAACUUUUAAUGUGGGGGACCAAGGGGAAGGCAUUGUUCCUGACCUUACACGGGUUAUUGGGGCAGUUUUGAAUUCUAUUGGAAUUGGUGGUCAGAACACAAGUAGUCCUCCCAAUGCUACCCAACCUGCUACAGCUCCGCUAGGGAAUGAAGCUGCGGGCGUGAAUUCUGGGAAUCAAAAUGCAUCUGGAAAUCAAGCACAGUCUGGCCAGACAUUUCCUGGUCAGGCAUUCCAAUCUCUGCCUCAUGUUGUUCAAAUUCCUGUGGCUUCUGGGGCCAUACCAAUCCCUUCUCUCAAUGCUCCAAUUCCUGAUUCAUUGAACACACUCUCUGAAUUUAUAAAUCGCAUGGAACAGACACUAUUGCUAAAUGGUUAUCAGUCAAAUUUAUCUUCAACUAAUGCUGGAGAUCAACGGGUUGAAUUGCCUACCAAUGCACAAGGGUUGCCGACAGUUGAAGCAUUAAGCACCAUCUUGCAUCGUACAGAACAGUUGCUUAGUCAUCAAGCUGUUGCUGCGAUAUCUCAUAUUGCUGGACGGUUGGAGCGAGAGGGAACUUCGUCUGAUUUAAGUAUAAGGGAUCAAAUACAGUCAGAGUCAGCACAAUUAGGACUUGCUAUGCAGCAUUUGGGCACACUUUUACUUGAGCUUGGCCGAACAAUCUUAACCCUGCGCAUGGGACAGUCUCCUGCAGAAUCUGCUGUAAAUGCUGGACCUGCAGUUUAUAUUUCUCCAUCAGGGCCAAAUCCUGUAAUGGUUCAGCCCUUUCCUCUUCAGACAAACUCACUAUUUGGUGGUCCUAUUCCUUCUUCAACUCCUCCAGCAUUUGGUGCCAUUGGUAUUGGAAGUGCUCCGCGGAAUGUGAACAUUCAUAUACAUGCUGGUACUGCUCUUGCUCCCAUUGUUUCAGCAAUUAGUUCUAGGACAAAUAAUGGAGAAGGGACAAGAAAUGAAAACCGUAAUGAGCCUGGCCCUGGGGAUUCAGGUUCUGCACGUGCGUUGCCCGUUAGAAAUUUCAUGUCGGCAGCCUUCCCAUCUCACCCUCCUGGUGUUGGAGUUGCCAGUGGCACACAGACUGGGUUAGGUGUUUCUACUUCACAGCCACCACCUAAUUCAACUCCAUGGUCAUCUGCUGCAAAUGAAGCGAAUUUCUUUAGGAACUUAGUUCGUAAUAUACAAGGAGAUAACACAGCUCCAUCAGGUCAGAUGGCAUCAACUGGCCGAGACUUGUCUUCUGGUUCUGAAUCAAGGUCUUCCCAGAGAGAUGAGCAGGCAGAUACCACCGGGAUGAAUGGCUUCAGAACUGCAACUGCAUCCUCAGUUGGCUGUGGCUCUCUCCAAACUGAGGCAGUGCAAACCUGUGAUAAUGAUGAGAGAGUUGUUUCAGUUGACAAUUACCCUUCAAGUUCUUCCGGUCAAGGUUUACAAAGCUCUUCUGGUGGAGAAACAACAGUGAAAUCAGAACAAGUAAAGGAUGCUCCAUCUGCAAGUGCGAAACAGGGUGUAGCUGAACCUGCCAGAGCUGCUCCUCUUGGAUUGGGCAUGGGUGGCUUGGAGCGUAAGAGGCGGACGCGACUUCAACCUCCUGUAAGUAAAGGCGCUGAUGUAUCAUCCGGUUCUUCUGUCAACCAAAGUCACCAAACUGGAACAGAGGGUCAACACACAUUACAAGCUCUUCCAAGUCAUGGCUCUUCUGUGAAUGCAAGAAAUCCUAAUAGACCAUCCCAGCAGCCGCUACCCUCUAGUAAUAGGCAGAUUGAUAUGGCUGGUUUGAUGUCUCAGGUUUUGCAUAGCCCUGCUUUGAAUGGUUUGCUUGAAGGGGUUUCACAGCAAACUGGGGUUGACUCACCUAAUGGCUUGAGGAAUAUGUUGCAGCAGUUCACGCAGAGCCCACAGAUGAUGAACACAGUCAAUCAAAUUGUCCAACAGGUUGGCAGUCAGGAUAUGGGAAAUAUGUUUGCCGGGAUGGAAAGGGGGCAAGGGGGUGGCAUUGAUUUUUCAACGAUUCUUCAACAGCUGAUGCCUAUUGUAUCCCGAGCGCCUGGUGGGGAUACUCCUCCUCCACUAUUCUCUGCUGUAGAACCUGAAAACUCCGAUAAUACAACUUUACAGCUCAACCUUCAAGAAGUGGUGGAUAGGAUUGAUCACUUGAGCCCACCAACAGAUGUUUUCCGUGCUGUAGCUGAAAAUGCCGUCCUGGUAUCUGGGGGUGUAAAUGUUACCGAUGAUAUUCUGGAUGAGUUAUGCAGUAAUGAGAGUCUUGCCAGCUUGGACACACUUGAUUGCGCAGGAAUAUUUGGAGACGUUGCGAUAUGAUGUGAGACAGCGGCUAAAUGGACAUUCUGAGCAGGACAAGUCGUAAUUGCAGCUUUUGUGGAUAUGUAUUUUCUGCUUCAUUGCCUCUAUUUCGUGUGGCCAUCCUAGGUGUCUUUCUAGUUUCUAGAAAGUUUGGGUAAUUGUGACUAAUUGGUCUGGAUCAUUCUGACAGACAUCCAGAUGGAUGUGUGAAAUUUUAAUUUUCCCCACACGCCUUGGUUAUAACUUAUAACAAUGAGGCGUUGGAUAGCCCCACUUAUUUUUUUUCCCCCUUGGAUGGAGAUAGCCCCACUUGAAAUGGUUUAAUACUUUUAUCAACUUUUGGGCUAAAUUCAGACACAAGAAGAAUUCAUCAAAAAUAGUAUCUGUACAUGUUGCGUCCUUGCGGAUUUUAGUGAUCUGAUUUCGUUACAA